GUUUCUGUGAGAACCGUACGUAAGUAACUGCUGCUACAGCGCGGCUCCCCGCCGUGCCGCCCCCGCCCGGGGGUCUCACACAGGUGGGGCCGCCCCGCGCCCGAGCGGCGCGGACGGGAAGUUCCACAUCCAGCUGCAGUCAGCGGCGAGAGCGGGAAAUCGGGCGCACGCGACCCCAUCUGGGCACGGCGCUCCCGCGCGCGGCGGCUCGAGCCCCGGCGGCCGUUAAACCGCCGCUCUCCUGACAGAGCCCGCCGGGGCACGGCUCCUCCGGGCGCGCUCUGCCCGCCGAGCGCCGGCGCGCGGACUCCCCUCGGCCCGGCUCAGCGCCCUGGACGCGGUGACAGCCCCGGCCCUCCGUGAGCAACCGCGGCCCCGAGCGACCGGAGGGGAGGCUGCCGGCCCCGCGGCAGAGCAGCGCCGCGGCCGCCCUCUCCCUGACUGACUCGGUGAAAAUCAUUGUUUGGCUCCGGCAUUAACUACAUUCCAGCGGGACGCAGCGCCCAGUCUCCUUCCUCGCAUUCCUGCCCUACACAAAGGAGUCCCUGCCUCGCCGAGCCCUGCGCUCCGCUCGCCGCGCCGCGAAGCCCCUCCGGAGCGGCCGCCGCCUUCACCCCCCGCUCGGGGGUGCGGGCCGGGCCGGGAACCCGCUGCGGGUCGGCCGGCCGGGGGCGGCGGGGGCAGGGAGCCGCCGAGCGCAAAUUCCUCCGCGCGGCGCGCCAUUGACUGGACCGAGCAACUUAUUUAAGGCUGGAAAGUGACACAGGGGCUCCUCGUCUCCGCUCGCCGCUUUCCGCAGGGCAGCGCGGCCGUACCGAGGCGAGCGCCGCGGCGUGGGGAUGCCGCCGGGGUGUGCGCGUGCCGCAGCCGGGCCGCUGUGCGGGGAGAGAGCCGCGUCCCGCUGAUAGCACCGCUGGUGCGCCGCGGGAAGGAACUUUUGGGGUGAUUUUUUUUUUUUUUUUUUUUUUUUUUUUUCUUCCUUUCCUACUACGGACUGUGUUUUCAUAGAGCGAUUCCCAACCUACCCCGGGCCGCCGGGCACAGGCCGAGCAUGGAGAAGUACGAGGAGAACAUGGCACUGAAGGCCACCAAGUUCAUGGAAGACCUCUCCCUCUACGAGCCCUGCCCGGACGCUCCUUAUGGCCGGGGCGGUCGCCGGGACCUAACGCUACACGCCGAUCUGGAGGAGACCAAGCGGGUCAUCGCCGCCCACAUGACGGCGGAGCAGCGGGGCCGGAAGAUGAACGGCACCGCCGCGCCGCCGCCGCCCGCCGAAGUCUUCUCCGCCGCCGCCCCCUGCGGCAAAGCCGCCCCGCUCCGCGCCGCCAACGGGCGCCCCACCGCCGAGCCGCCGUGCUGCGAGGAGGGGCUGUGCACCCGCUCCGAGGUGGCGCUGCCCUGCUACAGCGGCUUCCCCGACAAGGGCAAGCGCUACUCGGCCGAGGGCUACCGCUACGCCGCGGGCAGCGCCUACGAGAGCGGCUACGUGGCCAAGGGCGGCGGGCGGGCUCCCGGCGGCCCGGACGCCAAGUACGGCAACGCCAGCCCCCGGGCCAGCCUGGCCGCCCCGCCGGGUCCGGGCCCCGGCGCCGAGCACGGCAAGUUCUCCAGCCCGCGCUCCAGCCUGGGCGGUGCGGCUGCGCCGCCCUACGAGAAGUUCUCCAGUCCCCGCUCCAGCUUGGUGGUGCCCGGCCAGGAGAAGUACGGCAGCCCCCGCGGCAGCCUGGUGCAGUACGACGGGGCCGCUCUCAGCCCUCGCUCUAGCUACGCCAGCACGGCCAGCGACACCAGCAAGCACUCCAGCCCCCGCGCCAGUCUCACUAGCUACGACGGCGGCAGCAAACCCAGCAGCAACCGCACCAGCGGCAUCAGCAUGGGCUAUGACCAACGGCACGCCAGCCCCCGCUCCAGCACCGCCAGCCAGUACUCGUGCACCACCAGCCCGCGCUCCAGCUACUCGGACUCCAGGUACGGGCCGCCGGGCGGCGCCGAGCUGGACGGGACGACUGCCGCCGGGCUCGCCGUGGCCAGCCCCCGCUCCAGCCUCUGCAGUCCCGAGGGCCGCGGCGGGCCGGGCGCCGCCGUGGUUAGCCCCCGCUCCAGCAUCUCCAGCCAGAGUUCGCGGAGUUCCCGCGGCUCCAUGAGCGCUUACCCCGAGCUGCAGCUGCCCUCGCCCCGCUCCUCCUUGCUUGGUCCCGGCCCUCAGGAGGACUGCGCCGCGCCCGAGCUGGGGGACGUCUACCGCAAGGUCCGUGCCCAGUCUCCGCAGCGGCACGACCCGCAGCACCCGGCCGCUGCGCCCGACGCCGCGCCCCCCUACGCUUACAGCCCCACCAAGGGCUCCGCUUCGGCGCCCAAGUUCAAGCUGCCGUAUCAGGUGACGCCGUGCCGGGACAGCGGCCCCAGCCAGGCGGAGAGGCGGCUGGAGGCACUGACACUGGAGCUGGAGAAGGAACUGGAGAUGCACAUGAAGAAGGAGUACUUCGGUAUUUGUAUAAAAUGUGGAAAAGGUGUGUAUGGAGCGAGCCAGGCUUGCCAAGCAAUGGGUAACCUCUAUCAUACCAACUGCUUCACGUGUUGCUCUUGUGGGAGAAGACUACGAGGAAAAGCAUUCUACAAUGUCAAUGGCAAGGUGUACUGUGAAGAAGACUUCCUAUAUUCGGGUUUCCAGCAAACAGCAGAUAAGUGCUUUGUUUGUGGACACCUCAUAAUGGAAAUGGAUGCCAGGCAAGAGUCUAAUAUCUUGUUGGUGGAGCUCAGUGGCCGGAAGCUUGGCAAGUCUGCCAUUCUCCCAUCAGCAAGUAUACUCCAAAAAAAAAGGAACCUGCUUUGGGAGCUCCAGGAAUUAAGCAGUCUUAUUUGGCUAAUUGCUUUGUGUUCCUCCUUAGGAGUGCACAGGCAGCAAACAUGUCUGCACAGUCACAUUACUGGUGUGCAACUGAGGAACAGUGCUGCAGCCCCACAGGGUUGGGUGCAGCCUGAAGCUUUCAAGGGCUGAAAGUGCAGUUGUUCUGUGCAAAGGGUGGCUGCACAACCACACCAGGCUUGUGCUUGUUAUGUAGCUGUUUGGAUAGCAAUGCAUGCCUAAACACAAGGGUAGGAGCAGUCUUGCAAAUCAAAGUGUCUGAUACCAGUCACUGAACAGAAAGCUGUGCUCCAUGUCUUAGUUCCUGUUGAACUUUACCUGUAGAAACAGCUGCAAGGCCACAUCAGCUUUGUCAGUGGAGAUUCUCCCUGUACAGUCUAUUAGUAGCCUAGUGCUGCUGCUAGCAGAAACGUUUUGAAAUUACCUCCCAAAGAUAGUGGUUACACCUGAAACGUGUACAAUUGGUGCUAUAAUCUCUUGAGAGUUCCUGAAGAUGGAACCUUGUCUAGUCCUUCCCAGAACCUAGUCCAUGAACUCGGUGUGCUAUCUUUGAUGGCCCUGUGCCAUGCCACCUCCACUAAGUGGAAGGGAUUUUAUAACAGUAUUGAGAAAACUGCAUAAUAAAGGCUUUCUGUGAAAUAACGGAAUCACAGCAUUAGAAGGGACCUCAAGAGAUCACUGAGUCCAAAGCCCCUGCUAAAGCAGGUACCCUACAAUAGGCCACACAGGCAGAUGUCCAGACAGGUCUCGAAUAUCUCCAUAGGAACAGGCAGUAGGGAAGGUCAGCAUGACAGAAGCAUGGACAAUUUUGAUUACUCAUUGAUACAGAUCUUAGCAAAAACUGAUGGGCCCCUAUAACUGAGUAAUAACUGGUCAGUAAGUGUGGUGGAACAGGAGUUUUAUUAUUUUACUGUGUAGGUGUGAGCAAUGGCUACUUUAGACUCCUUCUGUCACGGUCUGAUGCAUUUUGUGAAUUAACUCUGUAUCCUACUCACUUGUAUUUGACUGCAACAGAUUUUCCAAGUAGUCUGUGAAGCUGUUCUUAGUUUCUGUUGGGCAGUAUUAGCCAUGCAGAGCUAAUACUGAUGGACUUAAUCUGAUUUUCACAGAUCUCUGUCAUUAUUGGGAGCCUGAUAGAAACCCACAGAAAUCAGGAACUUCGUUAUUUUAAAAGGCCCCUUGCUGACAGAAUUCCAGAUUGGUAAAUUCAUCCCAAAGCAUGUGCUUCUGUCAUUUUUAAAAGUCAGACACAGCAGUGUAUGAGGAAGGAUUUCAUGUAAUUGUGCACCCAUUUACUUUGCUCUUU